CGUUGAAGCGACCGGACGAGUUUGCCAUAGCGCACAGCAUUCGUUGAGCGUCGAACAAGCGUUCGCAUUUAUUUUCGUAAAGUUGCCGAAGAAGAAGAAGAAGCAGCAGCACCAAGUGAUAAGUGGAAUUUUUGUGAAUGAAAUCGAGCGAAACUACCGUUGGAGCGCGCGUUGAGUCGCAGCGAAAGCGCCGAGUGUUGUCAAGUGAAAGUGCCGUUUGGUCAAUACUCCGCGAGUCAAGUACACGCACUGUUGCACGCGUACUGAACGUGAACGUGAACGCCAUGGGCGCUUGUGUGAUUGUUUGAUUGUGUUGGCCUCUGGGGCAGCUUAAUGUGAGCCAAUGGGCGCAUAAAGGAUCAAGUGAAGAGAUAACGAAGGAAAGUGAAAAUAAAUAAGCAAAUAAAUACCUAAAAACAGCUGUGCGGCUUAAGAGUGUGUGCGCGUAACGGUACAUUUAUUUAGUUGACUGGUGUGGUUUGCGUGCCGCAGGUGCGUCGCGGUGAUUGGAUUGUGGCGUCUACAUUACAGUCGGCUUUUCCGCUUGAUUCCCUUCGUUCGCCAGCAAAGCCGCAACUGGCAUGAGGUUCUUAAAUUAAUGAGCGCAUAUGCACCUAAAAACUUGGGCUCGGCGACCGACCGCCCACACACACUCUCAACGAAAUUGGAGCUUAAUACAAGAACGCUAAUAAUAUUUGGUCCAAAUUAAGCACACAUGAGCGGCUCGAGCGGUUGGAGCGGUUUACCUAAUUCAGCCGAGCAUCAUCAGUCACAGCGGCCGAAGUGCCGGGCAAAAGGCGAAAGGAUAAUUUUCAAGUGUUAACCACAGCUGGAGGACAUUUAACACUUCAGCGACUUUUGGUCUCAACCUUACGAAACAGCUGGUAGAAAGAAAAGUAGAACAAACACCCUAAACGACACCGGUUGGAUACAUAAAACAUCGAAAGAAAAGACGUAUGCGACAAGAAAGCGGAAAGCGAAAGGCGGAAGACAUCCACUGAGCAGCUUUAACAGAAUCUUGAGCGCAACAGACGCGCCUUGUGAUUGGCAAAGGCAACACCUGCCCCAAUAAAUUCAAGUAAAGCAUAGCGUUAAGCAGAGUCAUAAGCAUAGACCACGCGUGGAUUCGUUGAACUUAUCCGAACGCACCGGCAACAGCGGCUGCAGCGGAUCCAAUUCAAACGCGCGUUUCCGCUCGCAAGUGUAGCGGGGAACGUGCUGCAGGUAUUAUCACUGCGGCGCAACAAAAGCCCUUAUUAUCCGCCACAUCUUUGCCACUUGAAGCGAUAGCAACUGCGAAUAUAUCCUUUGAGCGCGCCACAUUGCACCAAAUAAAGAGCAGCGCGCGCGGCAUCCUCUGAUAUUCCACCAACUAUUCUCUGCUAACACUACGCGCCACCAAAAGGCAACGCGCGUUCUGCAAAUAAGCUUUGCGGCAGACGCGCUUGGGCUUCCGCCUCACUGCGCCACGCCACCAGGUACACUCAGCCACGCGCACGCAUUACGUACAACGAAUUGGGUCGACGUGUCGGCAUGGUGCGCGACAUCUUUCUGUACAUCCUUUUAAUUGUUUUAUUUUGCCUGAUUUUCAUGGCGCAAUUACUGGUGAACGUUUACGCCUUUCAACGACAACCGCCCACCACGAAGUCAGAUCGCGCUGAUAUUAGUUUUGUAUAAGCUUGCCACAGAACGUGACGGAGGUCGCGCGCUGCAAAGAAUGGCGGCAGAUGCGCUAUCGCGCGGUCAGUGGGCACAGUACUGACCACAAGAAAGUGUUUAAACCACUGAGAGUGCUGUUGCGCUAGAGAUGUACGCACAAAAACACAAGAGCAACGGCGCGUUGCAACGACAGGCCGACAAUCAGGUCGCGCGCUACAGCCAUUGCUAUAAGCGCGCAGAACGUGGGAUUACGGUGGCGGCGGCAGCGGCGGCCACAGCGGAAUGAUUGUGUGGAUUAAUUAUGGCACAAGUGCAUCCUGCAGCAAAGUCACGGUUUCAAUUAAAUGUCAGCGCAACAAAGAGAAGUGGGCACUUCGGUUGGAUAAGAGCUGUGACGCGACGCUUUGCAAGCGCCGAUGAGGAAGCAGCGCGAAAAUGCGGAACUUGAGCUAAUUAAGACUUAUGCAAAACUGCAAAAAUUUAACUAAAAAGCAACGGUAAAUGUAAAAUGGCAGAGAGAACGACAAGCAACGACACAUGAAAAACAAAACAAAAUUACGAAACGAAGUUAAACGAAUUUCAGCGCGAUGGCAGUAAACGCAUAAAUUCACGAAGUGUAAACAAAUAAAACCAAAAAUGACAUUCCGAAAACUAUAAAUAUUAAUUAAAAAGCGAAAAUAAACAGCGCAACCUAAAUUUAAAACAAAAGUUGCCAGAUAUCAAAAAAAAAAAAAAUAAAAGCGUGUAAUUGCGUUGGCUGCAGAAUAAUUUACGGAAAUUUUUAAUUGAAAUACACACAAACGAAAAAACAGCGAAAUUUUGCAGCGGAGGCAGUUGGCAGAGAGUUUUAGUCCCUAAGGGUCGCUUUAAAUAAACUUCAGCGUGACAAGGCGCUUUGGUCUGAUGUAAAUAAAAAUAACGGAAUGUUGAUGAAGGUCACAAAAGGAGCUUAGCAGAACAUGUGGUGAUGCCAGGAGGAGGUUUUGAGGGAAGGAAACAGUCGUAUGCAUGUAUAUUUUAGGAUUUAAGAUUUUUUAGAUUACAUAUACAUACAUAUAAACUAUAGUAUAUUAUUAAUAGUAAACUAUGUUUCAUAAAUAUUUUCAUAUUCUAUGUAAAUUUGCGAUCACAUAACACGUAUACAAACAGAAAUUGUCCUCAAUAUAUAUUUAUGACAAUAUUUAGUAGAUUUGUUGUGACAAGUUGCUUCAAUAUUUAAAAAUCACCGCUAAUGGAUACAAAUAUUAUAUUUUGGAAAAAGCACAAAAAAUUUGUUUUUACUUUACGAGCUUUCAUCAUCACUUCAUGAACGUUCAUUUCUUUCAUUUUUAUACAAAUUUUCAAAAAUGUUGAGAAAACUUCCUAUAAACGCCAUAGUUAAUAAUAUAUUUGAAGAAACAAGAGUUGAAAUAAUGUGAAAAUGAAAGCGUUGCUAAAGCUAAAUAUGAAAGCUCGAAAAAGCUCUGCACAUUUAAAUGCUUUUUCUCAUGAUUGCUGUUUUGUUCAAAGGCAUAUUUUUUAGUAAUACAUUUUUCAUAUAUAUUUUAUUGCAACAAUUUUUAAUUAUAAUCGCUUGACCUAAAUAACUUUGACAUGCGCAUAGAUAUGAGUUAACACAUAUUUUAAGAACAAUGCAUUUACCAGCAUAAAGAGAUUAUAAGCAGAAGAGAAGUUAUCAGCAAUUCUUCCAUAAUAGUCAGAAAAUAUAUGAAAUAUGUAGAAUUAAGAUAUGGAAGGAAAAAUAAUUUUCCGAUGCAAAAGUAACAUUUAGUUUGUGAAAAAGUAUUGAAUGCAAGGCAUUUCUUUAAAAUGCGCACAGGAAGAAAAUUCUAACAAACUAAAUAAAAUGCAUAGGAAUGUAGAAAAUAUUUAUGCUUGUACAUAUUUGCGUUUUGCGUUUGCAGCGCUCAACCGAUUGAUGCCAAGUGCGUGCUUCGCUACUUGUUUGCAUAUUUCGUUUAUCAUCAACUCUCCCAUUUGCUAUGCAAAUAAAAUCACUAAGGCGGUUUGCAUAAUUUUUAUGGAAAGCGUGUGAUUUACUUGAAUAUAAAUAUGCUUGUGGUUGUGGCAGCCGAGGAAUGAUGUACGAUGUACCAGUGAUAGCUUUGCUUAGUCCCGCUUUAGGCCAGUACUCGUUAUUGACAUGAUAUAGUGAACGCGAUGAGCCUGUCUACUAAUCAAGACUAAAGCAUGUUCUUAAAGAGAUCGCAGAUACAUAAUUAUUUACUUCUUCCCUCCACUGGUGGAAAGAGCGCUUUAUUUAAAUUAGUUUCUGUAUCCACAAACCAUUUAAAAUACCGUAAAUAACUAGUUAGUAAUUGGUUAGUUAUUGGUAAAUAACUAGUUAGCUUUUGGUUAGAUAUUGGUAAAUAACUAGUUACUUGUUGGUUAGUUAUUGGUAAAUAACUAGUUAGUUAACGGGGUCUGCUACUCAAUUCUCCAAGCUGUUAUUUUCUGAGUGUAUUAAGACGAUUUCGCGUGCAACUCCGCCAAGCGCAAAUAUUUAAUUUUAAGCGUACAAAUAAAUCAUCUGAGUCAUUAAAAUUAUGUGGCAAGUAGCAGAGUGAAACCGGCAGCGGCAACAUAAUGAGCAUUGGCAGCAGCUGCUACAAACAAGCUUAUCUUCAACUCAUCUGCAUCAUCGUUCACCAUAAAUACGGCUGCCAUGCCACAGGCAUAAGCAGGAAUAUUAGCGGCAUCUCUAGUGGCAACUUCAUUUAGUCAAAGCACGCACUUGAACACACACACAGAUACUUAUAUUUGUAUGUGUUAUGUACUUGCAAAGCAACCGAUGCUCUUGACGUACUUUUCACAGGAUUCUGUAACCGAUAGUUUUGUAUAAUUUUUGUACUCACACACACACACCAGCACAUGUAUAUUUCAGUAAAUUUAGAGGACUCGCUUGUGUUAAUUUCACUUUCGACUGCUAAGAGUAACGGUAUCUCCUUGCUGAGUGACUCUAACUGCUCAUUUUACACUCAUUUGCCAACUUCAUUUGCUUUCAACUCGCUCUUACAAAUAUGUUAAUGAGUUUGAGCUCAUAAUUGAGUACGGGGAUUUUGUAAUUAACCGUUACAAGUAAUUACUUUAACUAUUUUCAAAUUAUGUAAAUUGAAAUUACAAACAAACACACAAAUACAAAUAAAUAUACAAGUGUAUGUAUGUGCGUGUUAUGUUCGGUAGUGUGUGUGUGGGUCCCCGACGUGGAAGUUAGCAAUCGGGAAAGCUUUGCAAACUGUUUGUUUAAGUAACUUAUAAUCAAGUAAAUAGUUUGCAAACAAAAGCUCAACAUCUAGCAAUACACUCACACACACACUGAUGCACAUUUAAAUGUUGCGGCAUGCUUUGCUAUGAUUACGCUGCCAACUUGAUUCGAUAAAACUUUUGUAAUAACAUUUUGAAGUUAUUCCGUAAUUUGGUUCCAUUUCUUUAUAAUAAGGAUUGCAGCUUGUUUUGAAAAAUUUUCAUGGUAUUUUGUUCCAAUAAUAUCUGUUGCAUAGACACGUUUAGAUAUUAUAAAAGCGUCUGCAAAGUUAUUUAAUUAAUAUAUAUUAUUUAUAUAUUUUUUAGUACUCGUUUGCUUUCUUCCAUAAAUUAAUAAUUUCAAAAAUAUAUUUUUUUCAUUUUUUAUGAUUAUGCCAAACAAGGCAUUCAAGAGUAUAAAGGAAUCUACAAAAGUUAUAAAAAGGAAGAAAAAUUAGAGGAAUAGAAAAAGAACGGAGGAAAAAAAGAAAGGGAGGGAAAGAGAAGUUAGAAGAAAGAUGAUUUUUGAUAAUAUCAAAUAUUUUUUUAAUGAAAAAUUGUUUUUUAUUUUUUAUAUUUACAUUUUUUUUACGUAAGUUCUCAGACUGCAGGAAAUUCUUUUCUUUCUUGCGGCUCUUUUAUUUGUUUUCGUCUUCUUUGGUCCAAAAUAGAAAAAGACUUGCAUUAGAAUAAAUACAAUAUGUAUGCUAAGACACAGCUGAAAAUUAAGAAAAGUUUUUUAAAAUUUUUUUAAAUUUUGAAACUCUCACAUUCACAGUGAGAUAUUAAGUAUACGGUUUCACAUACCACUUUUAAAGAUGACUUUCAAAGAAUUCAAUCAAAAUGAGGGAAAUAGUUCACAUGAAAAUUAUAUAUAAAUGUAUAGAAACCAACUGCACUUGACUUUGUAAACAGGUACAUUGAAACAACAACACUAAACUAGACAAAUGCCGAUCCAGCAAGCACAGUUUUUUUCAAGCAACGAAGUUAUUCACAAAAUAAUCAUGAUAACGGUAAUUUGCAUGCUAACCAACAUAACUGUACUUUAAUUGAGAUGCCAUGUGCAGCGCAUAACUGCAAUCAAAAAUUUCCCCUCGAUUCGGCGCGCUGUACAUAUCAAACUAACGGAACUUUUAAUGCACAUCAAACAAUUGGAGCAAAAUCAAGACUUUACGAACAACAUUAGUUCAAGCAUUGAAUGUUUGGGUGUUUCAUGUACUAGCAUAAGCAUAAAUAACAUUAAUUAUAAGGAGCAAUAAGUAAAAGCGAAAAUUCGCACAAAACACCGAGACCGAGCAAGUAAGCAACAAUAAGUAUUAAGUAUGGUAAUUAGUAAGUUUCCAAACAAUAUCGAACAAUAAUAGUUUUAGUAUUCAACUCAAUAUUUCUUAACUUAAUGUAGUUUUACAAACAUAUAGAGAAAUGUACACAUGCAUGUCAUCAAACGAAUGUAAGUAUGUGUGUUCGAUUGCCCUGCAGCAGUUGAAACCAACAAACAAACAAACAUACACAUUUUUAAUAAUUUUCUCAGCAGCGAAUGAAAAACGAAAAUGAGUAUUGAUUUCCACAAAUGUAUGUAGUUAGUAACACAAAAAUUAUAAACUGUGUUUCGCAAUUAUAACGCAAAUAUUGUAAUUAUCAAGUAAUCAAGUAAACCAAUUAAAAUUGUGCGCAUAAUAAAGAUGGAAAUUUAUCAGAAAUUUAAA